AUGAAUCCCAUCUUCCUCGAGCCGCACUUGACCGAACCGGGCCCUCGGAGAAAGUCUCGCAAUGAUGCUGCCACUGGGGUGUCCGCCGCCGGCGUCCGCGCCCUCAGUGCGCAGAUGGUGGCUUUUUACUUCCGGGCACCGAUCAAAGCCUUCUUCCGUACUCGAGUCGAUAGUUACAUGGCAUUUGCAAGAGCUGUGAACCCGCGCGUCGCUGAGGGGAAAUGGUCAAUCCAUACUACUACACCAGGGCUGUUACUCCAUGCCGUCCGGACAUAUGGCUGGCAGUUCAUACCGAAUCAAGUCUUGCCUCCUCUCCUAGCGAAUGCUCUUGUCGGCGCCGUUCUUUAUACUUCCUAUCUCCAAGUCCUGGGCGCCCUUCAUGAACCCGUGUCUCAGGGAGCCAAGCGAAUUUGGCCUCCUGCACCUCCCUCUGCAACUUUCACAGCCGGUUUUGCGGCCGGCACUAUUCAAUCUAUCAUUGCGGCCCCAUUAGAUGCUUUGCAGGUUCGACUUCAAACCAGCGACAUGCUAGAGGGCCAAUAUCGGAGUAUGUGGCAUUAUGGACAUCAUAAACUUAAACAAAUCGGUCUGCGAGGCGUCUUCGCCGGCUGGAGCCUGUCUUUCAUGCGCGAUUCGCUCGGUUACGCCGUCUUCUUCUCCUCGUUUGAAUACGUCAAGUCUCAAUCGUAUUACUCUUACAUCACCUGGUACUACGGAUCCUUGCAUUCUAAUCAUCUGGAUAUGCUACCAUCAUCCGGCUCUAGUGACCGUGGCGUCCCUCUCAUCAAACCACAUUAUGCGCUGGAGCCGUGUUUCCUAAUGAUGGCCGGCGUGGUAGCGUCGGUGGCACAGCAAGCCAUCCAGCACCCAUUGAGCAGAGUCCAGGACCUACACCUGGGACGGUUAGAAUACCUUGACCACCAGGCGAACCUCGACCACUCGCGGAAGCAGAUGCUACGAUUAUACUAUCGCGCCUAUCAGGAGACUUGGAAACGUUGCGAACGCAAGGCCAUGCGAGCUGGGGGUUGGCGACCUUGGCUAUUCCGCGGGUUUGCGAGCAGCGCCAUUCGCCAAGUGCCUAGCACAAGUGCCGGCCUGGUGAUCUUCGAACUUGUGCGCCGGCGAUAUGCGAGUCAGGACGAUACCGUGCACAUUCAAAAGGACGGAUACGACAUCCUUCUUGCCUAA